AUGGCACACAAAACCAACUCAUCAGUCAAGGCCUAUAGCGGCUCAGCAAAAGGCGCCGCCUCGCACGUAUCGGCCCCUUCUCACGUCCACGCGCACAAUCACAGCGGCAGCUCAUCCAAGAAACACUCGGGCACGGAGAAUCUUGACAGAUAUGUGCAGGAUGAAAGGGACCACAGGUCUCUUGCUGUAGCAGAGUACGAUGCUCAUCAGCAGGAAGCCAAGGAACGGCAUUCGCUUGGAGGCCGGACUUAUUUCAAUGAGCAUGAUGAUCAGCUGGGAGCUGUAAAGGUUUCUGUUUGUUAUGUGUUUGUAUUGGAAAUUGGAAGAGAUGGGAGCAGCACGACCAUUAGGUCACGCUUUGCAUGA